AUGGUGCUACGAGAUCAGGAUGCACAGUCGAGGAAUUUCUACAAGCAUAUCAGGCUGUUUAUUCGACCGGAUCAGCUGGAAAAAACGGUGAACGUACUGGCGAAGCAGGAAGAAGAUGAUAGCCGUAGUCUGGCGUCGAUACUGGACUCGAGUCCUCUCGUGAAAAAGAGAGGAAGGAGUAGCAACGAAAAAUAUUUACCAUGCGUGUCCUUCAACACGGUGCCCAGGUCUAGGGUAUCUUCGCCCUUGGAUGAAGAGAAAAGAGAAUUUCCCGGCGUGCAAGUUCCCGCAGACUACACCAUGGAUGAGUAUUACGACGACGAAAGUGGCUAUUCUUCCGACAGCAAUGUCGAUUUUUUCUCGAGGAACAGCUAUUCUGGCGGCUCGUCUAAUCGGGAGGGUAGUAGCGCUAGUCCUGGGAGGUACUCGUCUCCACCACCUGCCUCCAGAAGAAACAUCAAAAUAGGCCAGAUGUUCAAGAUUUCCGGAAACGGGAAAAUCGUAAGGGAAGACUACCCCACCACGCCUACAGAUAUCAAUAAUGCUCUCGUUAUCAAUAGGGCGUACGCCAACUGGAGGGAGCUAUGGAUCAAAAAGAAAAACCAGAUCGAUCGUCGAUUGGAGCAAAAGCAAGAUUUUUUCAAUUAUCCAACGAUACUUUUCCCUCCAAACAAAAAAAAAAUAUCAGCGGGGGCUGCCACCACAAUCAAGUUCAAUCCUCCCCUAGAGGACGGGUUUACGCCUCUGACCAAGUCCCAAAAGAGGAAAGAGCGUGUUUUGAACGAAGUAGUUGGGUUCCCCAACACUCCGCGAACAAUACUCUGCCACGUUAGCGGUAGGAGACAUACCUGGGUCGCACUGGAUUGGGUGCUACGCACUUUGAUACAGAAUACAGACCAUAUCGUUGUGCUGGCGAACUUGCCUGGCCUUACAAGAAGCAAUUUCGACGACAACGGUUCAAUGACUAGGCGAAAAAGGUUGCUGAUGACGUUGGAUGAUAGCAGAAGUAUAAGGUCAACGACGAGAUCCAGGUCCAGAUCGAGAUCAAGAUCCGUAUGCACAAGAAGAGCGCUAUCUCUGGGACCGGAGGAAUCCGAUAACAAGAUGAAACACGAAAGUUUCAUGGAAUGGUCCUCUGGAUAUACACAGAAUGAAAUAGAACGUAAACUGCAGGAUUUGUUUGAUUACGUUACGCUCGUUCUUCCGCAAGACCGUUCCGUUAAGAUUACUGUGGAAAUCCUGAUAGGUAAGACCAAAAAAACGCUCCUAGAGGCCAUGAACAUCUAUUUUCCAGACUUCUUCGUGUCCAGCACGUUGAGGUGGAAGAGAACAGAUAAUCUGGUUCAUUGGAAAUCAAAUCUUCUGACAGAUAAAUUGUGUACCAACUUUCCCAUUCCAACGUUCGUCGUACCAGCGAAAAGAAUGUUGGAAUUGGAAUUGAAUUUGCAAAGACAGUUUGCAGAUUCAAAGGCGACUAAAGCAAAAGAUAAAAGUGCUUCAAAGCCCGGUUUAAAUCAUUCCAAGUCCGCAGAUGCCAGACUCCCAACUAUUUCAAGCAUCAAACGAGAACCAAUUAACGACUAUUCUAUAGAUUCUUUGUGUUAUUCCGCUGAUGCCAACGGCGUUGACGAUGAAAGUAGGAUAAAUGUAUCUAAUGGUGGACCUAAUACGUCCGAUAAUGAUGAAAACGACGUAGGAUCAGUGGAGUCGUUGACUUCUAACAUUUCGGUAAAGGAAAGGCUAUGUGGCUUGGCUAGAAACCGUAGGGAAAGUAUGGCACAGCAAUUAAACGAUGCUGAUCAUGAUUCGUCAAUACCGCCGGGGCAAAGGCAUUUGAAAAAAUUAGACAUCAUUCUGGAGUCUUCCCUGAAGUUUUCGUUAGAAGUUGAUACCAUCACUGAUAGUACUGAAAAUGCUGAUGCAAACGGCAGUAGGUCACGCUCUAUGGAUUCGGGGUUCGAAGAAUUGAAAAGGGUGAUCACUGGCGGUGCUCCACCAAAACAUGUCGCCGCUCAAAAGAGGUCCAUGCUUGACGUUUUGGACAAUCCAAGUGCAUCUAGAUCCAAAUCCAAGUCAAGAUCAAGGUCUAAAUCAAGGGACAAUCCAAAGCCAGGUUCACCCUCUGCUGCUGGUAUAAACUCCGAUACAAGUGAGUCCAGGUCACGUUCUCCACAAAUAAAGUUUGCAUCCACAGUCAAGGAUGUGGACGGCAACGCUGCUCUUGGCGUAUUCAAAUCAAAACUUUCACCAGACAAUACAGGCGACAAGGAACAUCACCACAGUUAUUAUCGCGGUGCGGAUCAACCGGCCACUCCAGCCUUCCCGGAAUUGACGCCUUCAAAGUCCUACAGUGUAAGUUCUGGUAAUAAGGAUCCGUCCUUGAGGAAAGUUAGUAGUGCAUCCUCUCUCAGAAAAGUGAAAUCUAAUGAUUCUAACCCUGGAAAGCAUACAAAGAAAACACCUGUGACUUCGACUUACCUAAAACCAAACUCAGGCGGUGGCGGCUUAUUUUCUUUCUUCAAAAGUAAAUCAAGAUCCUCGUCACCUUUAAGAAGCGACACUGAGGCCAAAAGUACUUCUAAGCGUAGUGGGCUUUUUGGGUUCAGAAAAUUAUGA